AUGUCUGUGUGGAAUAGCUUAUUUGUGUGCCCAGCAAUUAGGAAACCUAAGAACUUAUUGUGUUCUGAUCAUCAUGGCAAGAAGUCCAAGGUUUCAUCCUUAGUAACUGAAAAACAUUUUAGUAAGUUCACAAGGGCAUCUCUUAACAACGGCAACGGCAACGUAUCCGCCAAAGCUAAUGACGAUUUGAAAGUGCCGCUAGAAGGAGAGUCGUCUUGGGGCAAGGGUGUCGGGAUCGUUAAUUUUUUCCAAGGGAAGAACAUUUUUAUUACCGGUGGAACUGGACUUCUUGGAAAAGGUACAACGUACGACGUGUCACUUCAAACUAAUGUCAACGGCCCUAAACGAAUAAUGAGUUUUGCUAAGAAGUGCAAGAGCCUUGAGCUCCUUGUCCAUAUUUCAACCGCAUAUGUCAAUGGUGAAAGAGAAGGAAUAAUCUUAGAGAAUCCGAUAACCAUGGGGGAGAAUAGAAGAAAAGACCGAUCUCCAUUUCCUCGUGUUAAUAUAUCCGAUGAAGUAAACCUAGCAUUGAAAUCGGGCACAAAAUCUACGGGCUACGAUGCUACGAAGGAUAUGAAAAGGCUAGGAAUGGAGAGAGCACAUUUAUACGGAUGGCAUAAUACUUAUCAAUUUACAAAGGCGAUGGGCGAAAUGGUUAUCCAAGAAACGAGGGGUGAUAUUCCGGUCGUCAUCAUUAGGCCAGCCGCGAUCGAGAGUUGCUACAAAGAGCCUGUCCCUGGUUGGAUUCAGGGAUAUAGGGUGUUUGACCCCCUAAUUUGUUCAUUAGGGAAAGGGCAGCUUCCUGCCUUUUUAUGCAAGCCUGAUACACCUAUUGACAUUAUUCCAUUGGACAUGGUCGUAAAUGCAACGAUCGCAGCCAUAGCGAAGCACGGUUCUAAGCAUAUGCCAGAACUUAAUAUCUACCAGAUUGCAUCCAGUGUUUUGAAUCCCGUACGAUUUUCGGAUAUGUUCAAUUAUUCAUAUGAAUAUUUUAGGUCACAGCCUUUAAUAGAAUCGAAAAGUUCUACUAGAAUCAGUUACUAUGACAAUCUUGUCCCGGGUUUCUUAAAGCAAGGUAUUGGCAUGAACUAA